AAAUAAAGCGCACUAGUGCCGCGGUGCAUUGUGGGUGUGCACGGAGAAGUAAAAUGGCGGACUUGGCGAACGAAGAGAAGCCUGCCAUAGCUCCUCCAGUGUUUGUGUUUCAGAAGGACAAAGCACAGAAGAGAUCCGCAGAUGGGUCGAGUGCAGAGGACGGGGAUGAUUCAGAUCGGGAUGAUGGCGAGUACUGUCCUCCGGUAAAGAGAGAGAGGACCUCAUCUCUGACCCAGUUCCCUCCGUCACAUUCAGUUCCCAAGAAUAAUAUCUUUAUGCCCUCAAGUUUAUGCCAGUCUCCAACUGGUAAUUCAGACUCGGAGCCAGAAGAGAAGCCUGUCGGGUUCAGGUUGAAACCUCCCACACUCAUUCAUGGCCAGGCCCCAAGCGCAGGUUGUUUUCCAGGCGUUCCCAGUCAAAAGCCCAAAGAACAGCAGCGCAGUGUUUUGAGACCAGCCGUUCUACAGGCACCUCCGGCCAAAACCCUCACAGAACCCGUCAAGACCAACUCCAGCUGUGGAACAAAUGGAGUGGGGAAGUUUGGAGAUUCAUCAUCAGAGAGCCAAUCUGUUUUCCUGAACAACACAGAGAGCUCGGACAAAUCACCGAAGCGAGAGAAGGAAGGAGAAGAAAAUGGAGGUGGACAGAAAGACGACAGCAGUCAGAAGAAGGACUGUGCGGUGGACUCGUCGUUCGUGUUCGGGCAGAAUAUCAAAGAGCGAGCGAAGUUGGAUGAAAACAGCACGUCCAGUGACUCAAAAGACUCCACACAAGAUUCUCAGUCUGGCAGCACCAAUUAUUUCUUACAGUACAUGGGCAGCGCUAGCUCCAACAAUGCCACCAACAGCUCGGACAAAGGCUCCAAGUUUGUUUUUGGCCAGAACAUGUCUGAGAGAGUUCUGAGCCCACCGAAAGGAGGUGAGGUGGCAGUCGAGGUCAGUAAAGACGGUCCAGCUCCAGUAUCCGAGCCAUCAUCACAAGAGGCCACACCUGAGAAAAAUCACAGUGUAACAGAGUCUCUGGAAGAGUCGGCAGCUGCGUACACCAAAGCCACUGCCAAGAAGUGCAUUCUAGAGAAAGUGGAGGUCCGUACGGGAGAGGAGGCGGAGAGCAAUGUUUUACAGAUGCAGUGCAAGUUGUUUGUGUUCGAUAAGCCAGCUCAGUCGUGGGUGGAACGAGGCCGCGGUCUGCUUAGACUUAACGACAUGGCGUCCACCGACGAUGGCACGUUACAGUCCAGAUUAGUGAUGCGCACACAGGGCAGUCUGCGAUUGAUCCUCAACACAAAGCUUUGGCCUCAGAUGCAGGUGGAUAAAGCCAGUGAGAAAAGCGUUCGUAUCACAGCCAUGGACACCGAGGACCAGGGCGUCAAGGUCUUCCUCAUAUCGGCAAGCUCUAAAGAUGCGGGUCAGCUAGCUGCGGCGCUGCAUCACCGGAUUCUGGCUCUGCGGAGUCGUGUGGAGCAGGAGCCCGAGAGCACACCCGCCCCGGCCGAACCAGAGAUCCCGCAGUCAAACGAGGACGACAGCGACGACGACGAACCUGCUAACAACAGCAGCGCCACCAACACCACCGGCACGGGGAACUCCACCAGCGGUAACUGUGAGAGCAGCGAGACCCCAGCCGCCGAGAGCACAUAGCAUCCUGACCCUCUGCCCGACCCACAGCCGCCCAUCGGGGGUUUUAGCCCAGGCAUUUCUGUGGACAGCCCAGACCGGCACGGACCCCUCGGACCGGAGCCGUGGACCCCUGGAGCGGAGUCUCUCUCACCCAAACUUCUGUAGUUCAUUUUCCCCUCCAACAUUUAUUGUAAAUCUGGAGUUGUUUUUGUUUUUUAAAUCAUUUUGUUUGUUUUUAGUUGUUUUUUUCCUCUUGGACUGCAAAUAAACAAAUUAAAAAGACAACAAAAAAGAAAAAAAAAAACAACAACAGAGACUUUUCCAUGUAUGGCUUCGGACUUGGUCGCUCA